GAAGUUAACAAGAGCCUCAAUUUGCAUCAUCAGCACAGAAAGUCACAGACACAAAGCAGAACAAACAAAGACACAAAUCUCUUCUCUUCUCAAUCUCUCUCUCUCUCAAAUGAGAAGCUAACAACAAUAUCUUUGCAAAACCAAGAGUUGAUGGCUUUUCUUCUACCAAAUCUCCAACCUUCUCUCUUGGCCCAAUCCAAAUCCAAAGACAAACCCCUUCACCAAACUCUCUCACCAUCAAAACCCACUUCUCACUUUCCCUUAUCUUCCACCACAUGCUCCUCUUUACCUCUCCAAACAACUUCAAUUGCACAGGUUAACACACCACAGGAUAAUAAGCAGCAACACCAGCCAAAGGAUGAAUUCUACCUCAACCUUGGCCUUGCUGUCAGGACCAUCCGUGAGGACCUUCCUUUGAUCUUCAUCAAAGACCUCAAUUAUGAAAUUUAUAGGGAUGACAUAACAUUCAUGGACCCCUUGAACACAUUUACUGGGAUUGAGAAGUACAAAUUGAUCUUCUGGGCAUUGAGGUUUCAUGGCAAAAUCCUGUUUCGGGAGAUUGCACUUGAUGUGUAUAGGGUGUGGCAGCCUUCAGAGAAUGUGAUAUUGGUUAGGUGGAACCUCAAGGGUGUGCCAAGGGUUCCUUGGGAGACCAAAGGAGAGUUUCAGGGCACUUCAAGGUACAAAUUGGACAGAAAUGGCAAAAUUUAUGAACACAAAGUUGAUAACUUGGCAUUUAAUUUCCCACAGAAUAUUAAACCAGUUUCAGUUUUGGAUUUGGUUACUGCAUGCCCUGCAAGUCCAAAUCCUACCUUUUUGUGGAGUCCUGUUGAUGCCUACUCUUCUUCAUGGUUAGCCUUUUACAAAGCAGUUAAGGACACAUUGGAUCAAGAGGGGAGUUUGCUACCUCAAGAUGGUCUUGCUACAUGUUCAUAGCUAUGAGCUAGCACUUGUUAUGUAUACAUUAGUGUUUAAUAGGUUAGGUAUAAGUAUAAUGAAUUUGUUUCAUAGCAUAAAAUGGUUUUUCUUCAAGGACAAGAGUGUAUAUAGAUAGGCAGGGAUGCAUAAAUGUUAAAAGUUGCUCACUUUGUUGUUGAAGGAAAUGGGGAUUCCUAUGUUUGUUAACACAUCUAUAAGCAGUAAGCUUCUGAAAUUAAUUUUAGUAGUUGUUGAACAGAACUGAACCUUUUCUUUAUUUUUUUCCUCAUAUAAUUGUUGUACCUUAUGGAUCACCCUUAUUUAAUGGGGGGCAUUCUAUAAUCUCUUUUAAACUUGUACUAUA